CCAGCAAGGUUGCUGGUCGUGGCAGCACGACAAACCGGCACGUACAGUUGUUUCUUUUGUAUUAAUAGAGGUUGUGUAAUACAUUUUCAAAAGGUUACUGGGACGUUUUGUGUAAACGACCUGGUAUCUUCAAGUCUGCUUCGUCUUGGUAACGUUAGUUUGUAAGCAACGAAAACUUUAAACCGUGCCUCACCUCUUGUUGUUGUUCUCACGUGUCGUCUCAGGAGGAGACCAAAAUGUCACCAUUGAUUAAACAAGCUGGCCUUUUUCUUAUGGCAGUGUUCAUUUUGCCCAAAACAACUCAGUCAAAGAAAGAUGAAGUGCUCUACUGUUCAGCCUGCUUGGCAAUUGCAGAUGAAUUGAACUAUUCAAUCAGUCAAACUGAUCCAAAAAAGACAAUUCAUGUUGGUGGAUUCAGACUCAACCCCGACGGAAGUCUUACUGAUAAAAAGGUUCCUCUUGUUAGGUCAGAGACUCACUUGACAGAACUGCUGGAAGGAGUUUGUAACAGCAUGAGUGAUUAUGCUCUCUAUGAAGACCCUGUCUCCAAAGAAAAGAGCUACAAGAGAUUUGCACCCAGAGAAAGUGAUGGCGGGAAUUUUCCGGAUUUUAAAAAUUUUAAAUUUGAUGGACCAGAGGGCUCCACAGCUUUGAAAUUUGCUUGUGAAAGCAUCGUAGAAGAACUGGAAGAUGAUAUCAUCUCUUUCUUUGCCACUGAGUCAGAUGAUGUGGCUAAGACGCUGUGCAGUGAAUUAUCAGGUCACUGUAAGAGCUCUGUUUUCCAGCACAGUGAACUUUAGUUUAUUAUUGACCUCCGCUGAAGAAUGACCAAAAACACAGAAAACCAAGACCUUAAAUUUUUUUAAUGCUGUUUUUUCAUGCAAUUAUGAUUUAGCAGGUUAGCAAAACAAAAUAUAAAUUGACCAAAAGACUGCUAUAAAUUUUCACUGCUGAGAUGUGAAAGCCUUUUUUUCUUUUUCUUUUUUGAAAAUUAUGUAUUUUUCCUAAAUGAAAUCCUGGACAUAGUCUAGCAUUUGUAUGUAUUAUAUAAAUUCUGUGUAAAUAUAUACAGAAAAUUGCUAAACUACACUUAAUGUACAUUGUUCGCAUUCAAUUUAAUCUAUAAAUGUAGGUUUAAUUCAAGAAUGAACCUUUUUUUAAUUUAUAAAUAACACAUAAAAAUAAAAAAUAUGAAGUUUAUCAAA